UACGAAAACGUUGCCCGUGUCAAUCUCGACAAAUAUGAAGCGAGUUUAUUUCGAAGACCCCCGAACCCCGUCAAAACAGGACAUAUGCACUCGUAUGGUACGGGAGCGACUCAAGAGGAGGAGAGGAAAGACCCCUCGGAAGAGAAAUGGGACCCAACAGUUUGAUCCGGUUGAGGUAUAUUGUCGUAUUCGCCCCCUGGAAAACCCAGAGGAACCGCUGUGUGUCAAAGUCUUGAAUAACCGUGUUGUAGAGCUGACCCCAUCAGAGCUGUACAUGGGGAGACGCCAAUGGGAUGUGGAAGCAACCGCUGUUAAUAGGAACGGACAAGCCAAGGAGAUACAGUACACGUUCCAGCACAUAUUUGACGAGUACACCUCCCAGAAAGCCAUCUAUGACUACGCGGCCCUACCUCUCGUAGAGGACCUGAUACACGGCAAGAAUGGCCUUCUGUUCACAUACGGCAUCACAUCGUCAGGGAAAACAUACACCAUGACAGGCAGCCCCCAGGACCAGGGUAUUCUGCCAAGAUGUCUGGACGUUCUCUUCAACAGCAUUGAAGGCUACCAGGCCAAGAAAUAUAUGUUCCGGCCAGACAAGAUGAACGGAUUCGAGGUGUGCACAGAGGCCGAUGCCAUGAUGGAACGCCAGAGGAGAGAGAUUCUGCCUGGUCUGACUACACCCAAGACGCCAUCUACCCCCAGACACACUGAGAAGGUUGCAUUUGGCGGCGACAGUGGUCGGAACCGAGACCCGUCCAAAGUUGGCAACAUAGAACAAGACAAUAACUACGGUGUGUUUGUCUCCUACAUCGAGAUCUACAACAACUUUGUCUACGACCUACUUGAGGAACUGCCAUACGACCCAAUCACAGGCUAUAAACCACCACAGUCAAAGAUUCUGCGUACAGACGUGACCGAGAAUAUGUACGUCCACAACUGUGUGGAGGUCGAGGUGAAGAGCCCAGAAGAUGCGUUUGAAAUCCUGUACAAAGGUCAGAAGCGAAGGAAGGUGGCACACACUGCCCUGAAUGCCGAGUCUAGUCGUAGCCACAGUGUGUUCAACAUCCGACUUGUGCAGGCGCCAGUCGACCCAAGAGGAGGGGAUAUUCUUCAGGACCCAGAAUACAUUGUAGUGAGUCAGCUGUCGCUGGUCGACCUGGCGGGGAGUGAGAGAACAAACAGGACGAAGAACUCCGGGGAGAGACUCAAGGAAGCAGGGAACAUCAACCAAAGUUUAAUGGUUCUCAGGAACUGUAUUGAAGCCCUCAGGGAGAAUCAGACAAACGGGACGAGUAAGAUGGUGCCCUACAGGGACUCGAAAGUGACCCACCUGUUCAAGAACUACUUUGAUGGGGAAGGCAAGGUGCGGAUGGUGGUCUGUGUCAACCCCAAGGCUGAGGAAUACGACGAAACAAUACAUGUUAUGAAGUUUGCGGAGAUGACUCAGGAAGUGAUGGUUACUAGGCAACAGCAGGUUCAGUUCAGCGUCCGGAACCAGCAGCUCAAGGAAGCCAUGGCAGAAGCAGAAGCAACUAAAAGUAAAAAGGUAGAGGCUGCCCCCAUGCCUACCCUCGAUUACUGUCUUGGACCCUCGUUCCCACCUUCAGAGCUGCUACAUGCGGGAGAUGACAAGACCCUGUUCACCAUGGACUGUUUCCUGGAGGAGCGGUACAAACGUCGACACACUCUCAUCCUGGACCUCACGCGCAGGGAGGACGACUUCCGUGCGGACUUGGUGGAGAUGGAGCGUGAGCACACGGAGAUGCAGACCAAGCUUGAGGAGCUGGAGGCGAUGAUGACGAAGAAGGACCGCGAACUUCAGAAGCUGGAGACCAAGAACCGACAGCUGGAGAAGAAGAACACCGACCUGACCCGUCGGAACCAGGACCUGGAACGGGAGUCCCAGACUCUUGGACUCAAGCUGCAAGACAAGAACUGGAAGAUACAGGUGGAGAAGACAGAGAAGGAGAAGAUGAAGAACGACUUCCGCACCCGUCUCGACAUGCACAGCCAGCAGUGGGAGAAGAACAUGGAGAAAGAGAGAAGGAAGGUUGCAGUGCAGGCUGGAGCAGAGAUCCAGGAGAGAGAUCGCAAACUGAAGAUGUUGGAGAACAUAGUCAACCAGAACAGUAAACCCAUGGUAACGCCUCGUCGCCCGGCGCCCAAACCCCGCACUUACACCACACCCGGUUACAUCACACCAGCCCGGUCAGACACGGACGUAUCACGGGUUGGUGUGGGAGGCACUGGACGGAUGACCAGAGCCACAGCGGGUGGCGUUGGGUCAGCCAAGUCCAUGUAUAAUCUCAACCAUGUGUCUUCUACAACCAAACCACGGCCACCGGCAUACAACACACGGAAUCAUCGUAGAUCUAAGUCGUCUUCUAAUGCAGAAGUGUGGUUGGAUCACAGACCUAAUGGAGAUGUUGAGAUGGAUUCGGUGCUUCAACCAAAGAUGGGGAAGAAGAGGUCGGUGUCCAAGCUGGAGUUGAAGGACACAAAGGAGGCCUCCAAAUAUGUGCUGACCACUCACGAGAUGGACUCGGAGGGAGAGAUGGCCACGAAGCUGGUCAAGGGUACGGUGAUGCCAACUGCCGGAGGAGGUACGGCUGUUGUGUUUAAUGAUGUUGAGACCUUGCGUCACAGCGCCCCGGGGACAAGGAAGAGGAGGAGUUCGUGUCCACAACCACAGGACUUUGAUGGGGAUUGGACGGACACAGAAACACGGUGCAAUAUUGCCCUUGAAGGACAUGGAAAGCGAAGCAAAGCGUCGGCAGUGUGAUAACAGCUUCCUGUGUAAUGUGUUGUUGCCCGUGGACUGUGAGAGGCCCAGUUGGGGUGGACAAAUAUUGCCUGCCUCAGUUUCAGGCACAGGGCUGUGAAGUGGACACAUGGGAUGGUUUCAUCUGAGAACAAAUGAAAAUGUGCUUAGAAACCGACACAACUCAUUGUGUCGACAUGUGUUAGUUUUAGAAUGUUACAACAUUGUGUUUGGGUGAAAGUGUUACAUUCUAGUAGCAGGGCUUCCUGGUACUUUUAGAUGGGUAAUCCCCUAUUUCAGUCUGACAAUAAUUUAUCUGUGUCUAAUUAAGGUAGGCUAUGACUGACCACAAACAGAUAACUAAUAAUAAAUUUGUGUACAAUAAUUCAAAAGACCUGUUAACAAUUGUGUUUUGUUACCCAAUCAAGGUUAAAUUUCUUUUUCUCAAAUAUUUCACAAAGCGAUCUUCUUGCUAUAACUGUUGUAAGUAUAUCUUAAUACUGGGUGUUAUGGUCGUGUUUCUGCU